AUGCGAAGAGCUUUGGGGGAGACACAAGUCCUUAGCAGCCCUCCCCCGCUGACGUUGCCCUUGUUGAAUAUCCUUUGUAUGUCAUUCCGCAGGACAGUGCUGUGUGGGGAUUUUCCUCUUGCUGGUCCUUGCAAGAUUAUGGCUUUUGAUAGCUCUAGCAGAGCACUAAACUACUUUUCCCCCCAGCUUGUGAAAAGUGCGGAUUUGGACCCACAGCACAAUUAUCUGAUGGGGUACCAUCCUCACGGAGUCCUGGUCGCCGGUGCCUUUGCGAACUUCUGCACGAACUACACGGGCUUCGCAGAGCUCUUCCCAGGCCUGACGCCCUACCUGCACAUCCUUCCCUUCUGGUUCCGUUGUCCUUUCUUUCGAGAGUAUAUCAUGAGCGUAGGAUUGGUUUCUGCCUCUAAGAAGAGCGUCAAUCAUGUAUUAACCAAAGAGAAUGGAGGCAAUGCUGCUAUCAUAGUGAUCGGGGGAGCCGAGGAGGCUCUGGACGCACACCCUGGAAACCUAACACUCCACAUCUUGAAGAGGAAAGGAUUCAUCAAAGUAGCCAUGAAGCGGGGCGCUCAUCUGGUACCGGUGUUCUCGUUUGGGGAGAACGAGCUCUUCCACCAAGUGCCUAACCCAAAAGGCUCCCUGCUGCGAUCGGUCCAGGAGAAGUUGCAGAAAAUCAUGGGAUUUUCUAUGCCGCUGUUUCAUGCCCGCGGGAUCUUCCAGUACAGCUUCGGCUUAAUGCCGUACCGGAAGCCCAUUCACACUGUGGUUGGCAGACCGAUCCCAGUGGCCCAAACGUCAAACCCAACACAAGAGGAAAUUGAGUCACUCCAUCAAAAGUACCUUAACGCACUUCAAGAGCUCUUUGAAGAGAACAAGGGGAAAUAUGGAAUCCCUGAACACAAGUCCCUCAUUUUCACGUGACCCCAGAUGUAGUUCCUAGCAGCACCACUAGAUGGAAGCACCUGAUUGAAUCCGCAAUCUGCCCUUGGCACCCUAGCACCCGGUCAAAUCAGUUUGUGACCUUAUUUUUUG